GAAUGUUCUGUUCUGAUGAUGAAAUGACGCAUAUUGUUGCGUGUUUUGAAGAUUGUCCCCUCUCCCCUCAGGUAGAGGCAGAGAGCCAGGAGCUGGUGGAUGGCUCUCUGAUAGACCUGUGUGGAGCCACGCUCCUGUGGCGCACGGCCGAGGGCCUGAGCCGCACCCCCACCAUCAACCACCUGGAGGCGCUACGUCAGGAAAUCAACGCAGCCCGGCCCCAGUGUCCCGUCGGCUUCAACACCCUGGCCUUCCCCUCCAUGAGACGCAAGGACACCCCAGAUGAGAAGCAGCCAUGGGUCUAUCUUCAGUGUGGCCACGUCCACGGUUACCACAACUGGGGAAGCCACCGGGACAGAGACAGGCUGGACCGGGACAGAGACAGGCUGGACCGGGACCAGGAGGAGAGGGAGCAGGGCUGGAGCAGGGAGUGUCCUAUGUGUCGAGCCACUGGGCCGUACGUUCCCCUCUGGUUGGGCUGCGAGGCGAGCUUCUAUCUGGACACGGCUCCGCCCACCCACGCCUUCUCACCGUGUGGUCACGUGUGUUCCGAGAAGACGGCUGUGUUCUGGAGUCAGAUCCCGCUGCCGCACGGAACACACACCUUCCACGCCUCCUGUCCCUUCUGCGCCCAGCAACUGAGUGGCGAGCAGGGAUACGUUAGACUCAUCUUCCAGGGCCCUCUCGACUAGGGGGACUAUUUGUCCUUGGCCGGAACUACUUUCCUUUUGGUCGCAAAGGAACAACGCUUAGAACUUCCAACUGCCUGGGAUUUUGGGGCGGGGGGGGGGGGGUU